UGAUUGUCAUCACCUGGGCAUUUCAAAGAGCUUUGACCAUAAACGUCUGCUGAAGCUCACACGAGUGUGUGAUAAACCUGGAGGAAAGAGGAAGAUCAUAUGCUUCAGAGACAAGGAGAGAGACAAUAUUUAUGACAUGUUUUGCACCCGAUACAAUCUGCAUCGUCAGGCCUACCAGCACAAGACGGUCAAUAUCAUUGAGAUAAUGAUUAACGAUGCCCUGUUAGAAGCUGAUGCCUACUUUAAGAUUUCCAAUGCCAUAGAGUCACUGGAUAAAUACACAGGACUGACAGACCAUAUUUUGGAGAAGAUCUUGGAUACUGACUUGGAUCAAACACUACCAGAGGAUACCAAAAAGAAGCUGGAGGAAGCCAGAAAAAUAUUGGAGAAUAUCGCCAAGAGACGUCUGCCAAAGUUUAUAAAAGAGGCCACACUACCAGACAGCAAGGGCAUCACACUGGAAGUACUACAGAAUGGUUGGAGCAAGGCAGCGAAAGAAUUGAACCCAAACAUGAAACCAGAAGAUUUUGUGGUUGAUAUGGUUAAAAUGGAUCACGGCAUGAAAGGAAAAGACCUCACUGAAAAUGUCUACUUCUACAAUAAAAGAGAACCCACAAAAGCCUUCAAGAUUACUAAGCAUGAGAUGACCAGUAUCCUCCCGGAGAGGUUUUAUGAAAGACUUGUUCGAGUGUACUAUCGAGGCUCAGAUGAGAAUGUUCGCAAGAAGGCUCUGGAGUGCUUCAAUCGGUGGUUUGACAACAAUUUUGGACUGCCUGAGGAAAGUGAAGUCCAUGAGAGAGAACCGCUGUGCUUAGUGCACCUUCAAGAAACUAAAGUCCCUGGUCCUCCGCACAGUUUUUGCCAGUUUGAGAUUCAUCUCUACACUGAGAAGAAUUUUGGCGGUGAGGAAAUUGUGAUCACAGAAGACUGCCCCUCUUUGGAGGACGAGUUUGGUAUAAGUGAGGUUCACUCCUGUAAGGUGAUUGCUGGGACCUGGCAUCUUUAUGUGGGUCCUAACUACACUGAACCUCAUUUCCAGGUGGGGGAACAUCCAAACCUUGCAGCAUUUAAGUCUAUUAAAUGUGUGUCAGAGUAAUAAUUUCCUGGAAAUUGGAAAUUAACAUGUUGAGCUGCAGUUUUAGACCACUUUUAGUACUUUAAUAGAGUUGGGUAUAAUAUGUUUGGUAGUUGGGUUUAGUGCGUAAUUUAUUGCAUUAACCAUUUCUUUUGGUUCUUGAUUUGAUUGUUUUAAUUUGUAUUAAUAUUAUUGAAAUUUGAGGCUGGAUAAUUGAGAUUAAAUGGGUGAUCAGAAAAUGAGGAAAGGUUAUUUUGUGAACUGUUUUAUAAAUACAUUAAAUCACAUAACUUUAAAUAUUUAUUACAUAUACACUGUAAAAAAUGAUGUGUUAAUUUUUUACACAUUGUGUGUGUCAUGCCAUUUAACGUGUUAUUUUAUGUUAAAAUAAAUGAAAGGGAAAACACAAGUUGUGUUAAAAACAGUAUUGGGAGUAACGCGUUACAAAGUAAUUCCGUUACUGUAAUUCCACUUGUGUUGUC